AUCAUCUUGCGUCUUCCUUGUUUAUUAGAUUAUGGCUUCAAGUUCAAACCAAUCCCCAUUGCCUUCGUUUGAAGAUGCUAACGAAGUUCCGGCCAAUUGGUCUCCAGUACAUGAGUCACAUUUCAUAGAGUUGAUGUUAGAUAAGGUCCGAAUAUGUGGCCAAAAUAGGCAAACAGGAACCUUUUCAAAGCAUGAUUGGACUGACAUUAGGAAGCAGUUUCAUAAGAAGUUUAGGUUGAAAUAUUCUUUGAAGUCGUUCAAGAACAAAUUCACCAAGUUGAAGGAAAAGUACAAAGAUCAUAAGAAACUCGUGGAAGAUAACACCGGAUUAGGCUGGGAUCCUGUUUUGUGUACCGUAGAGGCCUCAAAUGAAUGGUGGGAUGAGCAAGUGAAGAAUUUUCCACGAACAAAGGUGUUCCGUGUCUCUGGUUGCCCCGAAUAUCGGAAGCUACAAACUAUAUUUGGUGAUACCAUGGCAACGGGAAAUCUUAGACAGACACAAGAAGGUGGUUUCUCUUCUACCGAUGGUGAAGAUGAGAUAGAUAUGACUGAAAAUGGAAGUCCCACGCAACCAUUAGAUACACAGGUCUUCCCUAAUGGUGGUGUCACGGCUGAUAGGAUGGAAGAAAAUGUUGAUUUUCGUCGUCGCUCGCAAACACCAAGUGGUAGCCACAGAAGUACCCAUGUUCCCAAUGAUAGUGGUGAUGUAGCUGGUGAGAUGGAAGAAAAUGUAGAUAACCAAUUUCGUAGCCGUUCACGUACACCGAUUAGUAGUAGACGUGGCAGGAAAGAAAACAAGGCUAAUGAGAUCGGAGAGUCGUUAAAGAUGUUAGCUGAAAAUGCUAAAGCUAAACUAGAGGAUAAAACAAAAUAUACCAUCUCUGAAUGCUUAGAAAUUUUGGAUUCAAUGGGGGCACAUGUUGGAAGGCACACGUAUGUGAAGGCGGUGAAAGUUCUUCAAAACCAAGGAUGGAGAGAGACAUUUAUCAAAAUGUCGAAAGAUCGAAGGGAUGAUUGGAUUGUUUCUAUUGAAGAUGGAACCUUUGACUAA